ACAAGAAAGCAGAAGAUUAUGUCUUUAUCUAUGGCUCUACAUGCUUAAUAUUUAAAACCCACCAAGCCAAUCCCAAAGAGAAUUAUAAUUUUUAUCAAACACACUUUGAAAAUCUUAAUGUAUGUGAAAACAUAGACUUCAGUUCUGGGGUUUUCCAAAGUCUUCUUCCUUUCUUGAGCUUUUUCUUUGUUUGUUUUGAGAGAAAAGGAAAGAGAAAGAGAAAGAGAAAGAAAAGUUAUGGGAAUCAUGGGAGAUUCAUAUGAUGAAGAGUGUGAUUAUCUGUUUAAAGCAGUUCUAAUUGGGGAUUCAGCAGUUGGGAAAUCAAAUCUUCUGUCAAGAUUUGCAAAAGAUGAAUUUAGAUUAGAUUCAAAACCAACUAUUGGGGUUGAAUUUGCUUAUAGAAAUAUAAGAGUUGCUGAUAAGCUCAUCAAAGCUCAAGUUUGGGAUACUGCUGGCCAAGAAAGGUUUAGAGCAAUAACAAGUUCAUAUUAUAGAGGAGCAUUAGGAGCAUUAUUAGUAUAUGACAUAACAAGAAGAGCAACCUUUGAAAAUGUUGGGAAAUGGCUAAAAGAGCUAAGAGAAUUUGGGAAUUCAGACAUAGUGGUUAUUCUUGUUGGGAACAAAUCUGAUUUGGUUAAUUCAAGACAAGUUGGUGAAGAAGAAGGUAAAAAACUUGCAGAAAAACAAGGUUUAUGUUUCAUGGAAACAUCAGCAUUGGAGAACAAGAAUGUUGAAGAAGCAUUCUUAGAAAUGAUCAAUAAAAUCCAUGGAAUUACAAGCCAGAAAAUCUUACAAGCUAAGAAAAUUGAAAAUAUUAUUAAUAUUAAUCUUCCUAUUGGAAAAGAAAUUGUCAAUAUUGAUGAAGUAACUGCCACUAAAAAAUCAAGCUGUUGUAUAUAGCCAACUUUUUUUUUUUAAUGGUUUUGGGUAUAGAUAUUUUUUCAAUUAUGUAUUAAAAGUUAAAUUUCUUAUUAUAUAAUUUUAAAAUUGUAUU